AUGUCUUCAAUCGUGACGAGUAUUCUAAGUUCAACCGUGGGUUUGUUGUGGAACAAGGCUCGCGACUCGACUGCGGCUAAGCUGAAGGACGGUGGUGUAACAAAUGAAAAAAUUCGAGAGAUUGUCGUACGAGACUUGAACGACAUCAAGACGAAGCUCGAUGGUCUUUCACGUAAAGAUCUUCUCAGCAGCUACAAUUUCCUACGGGAAGGUGUGGAUUUCCUCAAUGUUUCUCUUCAAAACUCAAAGCUCGACCAGAAAGCUCUGGCGAAUGAAACUCAAGAUGAUCGAGGCGAGACAUCAACAAUGCCGAGUUGUGAUCAGUCUGGGAUCUUAAGCGAAGCUAUUGAACUUUCUCAAGCCAUGGGAAAGCUAAAAUGUAACUCGGACGACGAGUAUGAAUCCGCUAAAGAACGAUUCAAAGAUGCCCGUAAGAGAGCAACCGAUGCUUUCUCUACUGAAACAUUAGUUCUCAAAGAUAUGAUCUUCGCCGCUAAGCUACGAAUAGUGUCCGAGAUGCUGGAAUGUCUUGAUCGUCCCGAAACCGCUAUAACAGGAUGUCUGUCAUUUUUAAAAAAAUUCCAUAGCUUACCUGCAAUUCAAGAGAUAUUCUCGGUGUACCUCAACGGAGGAAUAAAGUCGAUGUUGAAUAAGAGCGAACGAGUCGAGAACGUAAAAUCAGUAAUGCUGAUUAACUACGUGUUAUUUCAAUAUGCUUCGAAAUUCAAGUGUUCGUUUGACUUGCUCGUCAGCAUGCCAUCAAUUGAACUUCCUGAUCGCAGUUUUUCCCCAAUGUUAGAUUGGCGGGAAGUUGCGACAAGAAAGUCUAUGGGGAAAGAACUGACCCAACAUCCCAACGGACUGAUACUUGAUGAAGAAAUUGAGCCGGAUGUAUGUGCUGUGAAUGGUCAUGGGAACGUUAUUACUCUUCGUUAUAUCUAUUCUGACGAGAUCCUGGUUAUUUCUUCUAAGACAGCUGAAUGCAAGGUGGUUCAAUUACCAGACUCCAGAGAAGGUAAAGUUCUCAAGCAAUAUAUUGUAGGACUUGCUGUUGAUAACAAUAACAAUGUUUACGUUGUUGUACGACUUAAUACAACAUGUACGGAAAAUGGCGUUGUGACAAAUUUCGUGUUGCAUGUAUUAGACGAGAACUACCAUGUAAAACACGACUCAUGCACGUUGGAUUUUAUGGACGCAAAUUUUGUUUCCUGA